CGGAAAAGUGCAUUCAUUUCUGGGUGGGGUUCCCAAUGCUGUAUCAAUUCUUUCGCAGUCGGAAGAAUUGAUUUCUCAAAAAAACUGAAACAGUGCGGGCCUUCCAUUUUACAGUAAUGUAUAUUCUGCCAAUUUUGCCUCUCAAAUAAAAAAUCAAGCUCAAAUACCAACCAAGCAUAUGGAAAUGGAAACAACUACGGUUCCGUCAAAUUCAUGCAACGGCGUCGUUCCAGCCGAGGCGACUCUCGGCCAGCACCUAGCGCGGCGGCUCGUGCAGAUCGGCGUGAGCGACGUGUUUUCGGUCCCCGGCGAUUACAAUAUGGCGCUGCUCGAUUACCUCAUAGCCGAGCCGGGGCUCAACUUGAUCGGCUGCUGCAAUGAGCUCAAUGCGGGCUACGCCGCCGACGGAUACGCCCGGGCCCGCGGCGUCGCUGCGUGCGCGGUCACGUUCACCGUCGGAGGGCUGAGUAUCCUGAACGCGAUCGCGGGCGCGUACAGCGGGAGUCUCCCGGUGAUAUGCAUCGUGGGAGGUCCGAGCUCGAACGAUUACGGAUCGAACCGGAUCCUGCAUCACACAAUCGGGUUGCCGGAUUUUAGCCAGGAGCUGCGUUGCUUCCAAACAGUCACUUGCUAUCAGGCAGUGGUGAAUAAUUUGGAGGAUGCGCGUGAGUUGAUAGACACGGCGAUAUGUAGAGCGUUGAAAGAGAGUAAGCCGGUGUAUAUUAGUGUUAGCUGCAACUUGGCCGGGAUUCCACACGCAUCGUUUACACCUCAUCCCAUUCCAUAUACUCUCAUCCCUGUAGAGAGCAAGAAAACGAGUCUAGAAGCAGCAGUCGACGCCGCAGUGUCAUUCUUGAACAAUGCAUCGAAACCAGUUAUGGUGGGAGGUCCCAAAAUGCGAGCCGCAAACGCAACCAACACCUUCCUAAAACUGGCCGACGCUUGUGGCUAUCCCGUCGCCGUAAUGCCGUCCGCCAAAGGCCUAAUCCCCGAGCACCACCCUCAUUUCAUAGGCACCUACUGGGGCGCAGCGAGUACGCCGUUCUGUGCCGAGACUGUCGAAUCUGCCGACGCAUACCUCUUUGUCGGGCCCAUCUUUGACGACACAAACACAUUAUCCUACUCUCUGCAUCUCAAGGAGGCCAAGAAAAUACUAGUUGAGCCCGAUCGCGUGGUCAUAGGCGAUGAUGGCUCGACAUAUGACAGUGUCCGAAUGAAGGACUUCUUGUCUGCUCUUGCGGGAAUGGUGAGGCGUAACGAAACUGGCUUUGAGAAUCACCGUAGGAUGUAUGUUGGGGAUGGAUAUCCGCGGAGAAGCAAGGAGAAUGAGGCGUUGAGGGUGAAUGUUCUGUUUCAGCAUAUUCAGAAGAUGUUGUGUGGAGAGAUGGUUGUGGUUGCUGAAACAGGGGAUUCUUGGUUUAAUUGUCAGAAAUUGAAAUUGCCACCUGGAUGUGGGUAUGAGGUCCAGAUGGAGUAUGGGUCGAUUGGUUGGUCCGUUGGUGCGACUCUAGGCUAUGCUCAAGCUGCACCGGAGAAGCGUGUGGUUGCAUGCAUCGGCGAUGGUAGUUUUCAGAUGACGGCGCAGGAGGUGUCAACGAUGCUUGAGUGCGGGCAGAAUAGCAUAAUUUUCUUGAUAAACAAUGGCGGCUACACCAUCGAAGCAGUGAUUCACGGUGGGCCCUAUAAUGUGAUCAAGAAUUGGAACUAUACUGGUUUGGUUGAUGCAAUUUGCAAUGGCAAAGGCAAAUGCUGGACUACGAAGGUUGGAUGCGAGGAAGAAUUGAUUGAAGACAUUGAUGGUGCCAUAGGAGCCAAUAAAGAUUGCUUGUGUGUCAUUGAGGUGAUGAUCCACAAGGAUGAUACAAGCAGAGAACUUCUGCAAUUGGGUACCAUUUGUUCUGCAGCUAAAAGUCGCCCAUCUAAACCCUGAGCUUCAAUGGAUUCCAAGUCCAAAAUAAUUACUUAUAACGUAUAUAGUGGCAUGUUAAACUAUGCCACUUAUGUGAGCAUUAUGGGUGAACAUCGUGUUAACGUUAUCUAUCUUAUUUUACAUUUAUUUCAAUUCUGAUACCUCGGUAAGUAAUUAUUG